AUGCUGCGGUUCCUGCGCCGGACCUUUGGCCGCCGCUCCAUGCAGCGCUACGCGCGGGGCGCGGCAGGGCGCGGGGCCGCCGGGCUGGGGGACGAGCGCGACGGGGGACCGCGGGGGGGCUCGGCCGCCGCCGCCGCCGCCUCGACGCUGCCCGCCGCGCCCGGGGGCAGCGUGUUCCCCGCCGGCGGCGGGCCCCUGCUGACGGGCGGCGCGGCCGUGCACAUCUCUGCCACCGGCGCAGCCAAGGCCACCCUCUACUGCCGCGUCUUCCUGCUCGACGGGACCGAAGUGAGCGUGGACCUGCCGAAACAUGCCAAGGGCCAGGAUUUGUUUGAUCAGAUUGUCUAUCACCUGGACCUCGUGGAGACAGAUUACUUUGGCCUCCAGUUCCUCGACUCUGCCCAGGUUGCGCACUGGCUGGAUCAUUCCAAACCCAUAAAGAAGCAAAUGAAAAUUGGACCUGCUUAUGCUUUGCACUUUCGAGUUAAAUAUUAUUCUUCAGAACCGAACAACCUUCGUGAAGAGUUUACAAGGUACCUGUUUGUUUUACAACUCAGGCAUGACAUUCUUUCAGGAAAAUUGAAAUGCCCAUAUGAAACUGCUGUGGAGUUGGCUGCUCUCUGUCUGCAAGCGGAGCUUGGGGAGUGCGAGCUUCCAGAACACACACCAGAGCUUGUGUCUGAGUUUCGGUUCAUUCCAAAUCAGACAGAAGCGAUGGAGUUUGAUAUCUUCCAGAGAUGGAAAGAGUGCAGGGGAAAGAGCCCUGCCCAGGCGGAACUCUCCUAUCUGAACAAAGCGAAGUGGCUGGAAAUGUAUGGGGUAGACAUGCACAUUGUCAGGGGAAGAGAUGGCUGUGAAUAUUCUCUUGGACUGACCCCGACAGGCAUAUUAAUCUUUGAAGGAGCUAACAAAAUAGGCUUAUUCUUUUGGCCUAAAAUUACCAAAAUGGAUUUUAAAAAGAGCAAAUUGACCCUGGUGGUGGUAGAGGACGAUGAUCAGGGUCGGGAGCAAGAGCACACGUUUGUAUUCCGGUUGGACAGCGCCAGGACGUGCAAGCACCUCUGGAAAUGUGCCGUAGAGCAUCAUGCAUUCUUCAGGCUGCGGACGCCAGGAAACAGCAAAUCAAACCGAUCAGACUUUAUCAGGCUGGGGUCUCGCUUCAGAUUCAGUGGGCGGACAGAAUAUCAGGCUACACACGGCGUCAGGCUACGAAGAACCAGCACCUUUGAGAGGAAGCCUAGUAAACGCUAUCCAUCCCGGAGACAUUCAACGUUCAAAGCAAGCAACCCGGUGAUCGCAGCCCAGUUCUGCUCAAAACCAAAUCCUGAAGUCCAUAAUUACCAGCCUCAAUACCAUCCCAAUAUCCUCCCCAGCCAGCCUCGGAGGCACCCUCACUCUCCAAAUGUAAGCUACCCGCUCCCUUCCCCAGGGCUCAGCAGCUCCGACCGGCUGCCUUUUGGCAUCGAGGAGAACGGGGGCACCCCAUUCACUACCAAAAUUUCAGGAAGACACCACCACCACCACCACCACCAGCACCACUCAAACUAUGGCCUCUCGCUGACCCUGGAGAACAAGGAGGGGCCUUUGAGGUCCCCCAACUCCAGCAGUAAAUCCCUUACAAAGCUGAGUCCAGGAGCACCUGCCCUGUUCAGUGAGGCCGCUGCCCAUCUGAAGAAGCUGGAACUGGAAACGGUGAAGGCUGCUGGACCUUGGCCUGCUCUGCACAUCAACAUGAACAAGGCUGAAGAAAAAAAAGUUUCUGAGAAGACUCUGCAGACCCCACUUUUGCCCUCCCCUGUGGCUGAUCACGUGAAGUGUAACAUUUUGAAAGCCCAGCUGGAGAAUGCAUCUCGAGUGGGUGCCCAGGUUGGAAAAGAGGAAUCAACAUUUGUAAAUAUCAAUAAGAAAUCCAGUCUUCAGGAUGCUAAUGUAAGAAGUCCUAUUCCUAUACGUGUGGAAGUGACCCAACCAGUGGUGGAAAAGCCGGAAAUCAAGCCUCCCCGAGUGAGGAAGUUAACAAGACAAUACAGUUUUAACCGCAGUGAUGAAGACGACCUUCCUCCAGACCUGGCCGAGGCAGUAGGAGCAACCACAGCCGCGACUAUAAGCACCAGCACGGCUGCCACCACGCAAGUCCCAGUGCCGCUGGUUUCCCCCUCCAUCCACAAAGUCAGCUCGCCUCAGAAUUCAGAAGGCAAAGGCCAGCUGUCCCCAGGGGCCAAGAGUCCCUCCAACCGAGGCGGAGCCUUUCCCCUGGAGCCAGGCGACCUCCUGAUGGAUUUCACAGAAGCCACUCCUCUGGCAGAGCCCGCCAGCGCCCCCCACUGUGCCCACUCUCGCUGUUCUCCUCCACUCUCUCUCCCCAUGAAGGAAGAGACCACUGGAGUUUGCAUGCACCCUCCAAUCAAAACGAGGCUGAUAAAAACAUUCCCAGCUGAUACAGUGACCCCGUUUCCUGACCCUUUCGUUACAGGGCCACAGUUUACUGCAGACUUUAGAGAUGGUAAAUUGCCAUGCUGUCCUGGCCAGUCUUCCCCACUGAUUCCAGCAGCAGCCCUGAGGCCUUUGACAGAGACCAUCUCCACAGUGCAGACCGUCUACACCACUCGGAAGCCUGUUUCUCUGGCAGCCAGUGCAGAGACACUCCGACAAGAACUGGAGAGAGAGAAAAUGAUGAAAAGACUGUUGAUGACCGAACUGUGAAAUUCUCCCCUUGUUGCCUGGAGGAUGGCAUGGUGCCUUCUGUCCGUUUUCUUUCUUCGGGCUUUGUGUGCUCACCCAGCACGACAUACAAAUGUGUGCUCUGUUUGCCCGGGCCUCCGGGGGUAGUUGAAGCCAAUAUCUGGCUUGACCUCUAGUGGAGAAGUUAUUUUAUGUCUCCUGAGUAUUAGAGUUUUUCUACUACUCACUGUAGUUGAGACAGGAUUUGGUAAGCCUAAGAGAAGAAAGAUGGGGAAACAGGGAUUCCUUUUCUGAAGUACCUGUAUGUAUAUAUUAAUAACCACAGGGCUAAUACAGCAUGGAAUCCUUUGCGAUCAAUCUCAACCAUGUGAUUUUGUAUGACUGAAACUUGCACCAAGCUUUGACUGUUUGUUAAUGAGUCAUUUUUAAUGAGAGAAUAACUCUUUCCUGCUAGUUUUUCAUUUACACUAGUAAUUCCCCAGAUCUUAUAAAAUCCUUAACAUUCAUUUUUAUUCAGACGUGAGUAGAUGAACUAAAAAAAAGAAAGUUGAAAGCACCAGGACUGAAGGUACUUUAGCUUAAUCUGAAAUACUAGUUUAACUUGUGAAUUUCUUGGAUACAAUAUUAUUUGUGAUAAAAUAGGAUUUAUCAUUGAACCCAAAGUAGGAAACUAAAGCUUAACUUGUCUAAAAAUCCUUCCAAGGUUAGGAUGAUUUACUAUCAAGAUUCGUUUGGGUGUUCCACGAAGGAAAAAAUUAUUUCUAAAGUUGGUCAUGUCCUGUUGAUAGAACCUUGACCAGGAAACACUUUGCUCUCUUUUUAUAUAGUUUCAAGAAAUGUGUUUUUAAAAUUUUAUUAUGCACUCCAACUUUGCAGGAAUAAAGGAAUCCCCUAACCACAAACCUGCCCUUUAAAAUGUUUCCCAAGCUUUCUCAAUUAAUAUGCACUCAGUUUUUCAUAGCUAUGAUCAGUGUGUACAUACUCUUUGGUUGUACUUCUCCACUUAACAUAUAUCUCCUCUUUUCAACACAGAUCCUUCUCUCACCAAUUUAAAUGUCUUUAUAGCCAUGUAACAUGGUUAACCUCACUUCUCCCCAGUACUAGAUAUUUGAGUUACAUCUAAUUUUUCAUGCAUAUAAAUAGCACUGCUAUGAAUGUUUUUGUAAAAAAUGCUCCUUCUUUUGGAUUCUUCCCAUGGGAAUAUCUCCAAAGAGGGAUUAAAGUUUAAAGAGCAAGAAGUAUUUUAUAGCUCUUGUUUCAUAUUGCUAGUUUGCUUUCUAGAAAGAUCCAGUCUCUGGGUUGGAAGGACCUUAAAGGUGAUCUAGUUCAAUCCCCCACACCCUCUGAUGCUUGAAGCCCUCUACAAUUUAUGAUGCCACCAGCAAUGUGUAAGCAUUUCUAUUUACCAAUCGCUCUGCCAGUAUUGGGUUUUGACACUUUUAUUUAUUUUUGCUGAUUAAUUAGGUGUGUAUAGUUCUUGAAAGGUGUUGUUUUGUUUCAUUAAUUGCUAGCAAGUCUGAGCACAUUCCCAUGUGAUGAUUUACCAGCUGUAUUUCCUUGUGCGUGAAAUGUCCAUCCAUUUCUUAUGACCACUUGUUAAGUGGAAUCGAAGUCAUAUAUUUGCAUCAGAAUUGUAUUUUUAUGUUGUAUUGUAUAGUUUGCUCUCCUGUCCCUGUCCUUAAAACUGAAUGGUGCCAAUAAUUUGAUACCGAUGAUUAUAAAAAAAGUAAUGCCUCAGUUAUUACUAGCAUUGUUGUAAAAUGAGGCAUGUAAGCAAAGAUAAAUAGAGGAUUAACCUUUUAAGUGCUGAAUCUUAUAAAUUUUAGUAUCUUUUUGAGGGAAAUCUUUCUAAAAUGUAUCACACACUUCCCUGCCUUAGUGAACAGAGGAUACUGGAGAGUAUUUAACCUUUUCUUGAGGAGUCAUGGUCAUCAUUAUAAACACCCACCCCUUUUGUACCUUGGUGCGGUGCAAUGAUGUCAUCAGAAGCUAACAACACGUGUAGGUAGGGCUCAGCUUUGCCUUUCACAGACUAUUGAGCUGUUCUCAUUGAUGGAUUUUUUUCUGCUGUCUGCUCUCUUGGUGAAGCCGUCUGGGGCAGUUGUGGUGUCUGGGAUCUUUUACCCCCAUACUACAUGACCCGUGGCUGUACUUUAAAAACAGCGUCAGCCAUUCUUUAUCUCUUGUGCACAAUACAAAAUGUUCCUGUACAAUACGGGGGAAGAUAUCCAUGUCUGGGGUUGUCAUGUCCUCCUCUUCUGACCUGCUUUCUUCACCUCCUGCUCUCAGAUGGAAAGCCCCAGGGCAAAGCCGGAGUCUUCCUGGGGAAGCCAGGAAACCAUGUAUUAUGUGUGUGCCGUGGGUGCUUUGCUUCUGAGGAAGGGUGCAUGGGCUUUUUGGCUGCUGUUUUCAAGAGGCCCUGAGCCUCCUGCUUCUUCCCCAUGUCCCCCUGGGUUCACAGAUGUUUCAGGUUGAAGUCACUGGAAGUCUGAUCACAAGUCGGCUGUUACUGUAUAUGAAAACCCAGUACCUUUGGCAGCUCAACUCUAACCAGUAAAAUCAAGAGGAUUCCAUCGUU